UGGACCCCGCGCGCGCGCCCGCGACCAACUUUCCCUCCAGACCAGAGAGGGGCAGCGCGCUCCGCCCCCGCCCCCGGGCCGCGCACGUCCGGGCUCGGCGACGCGCACGCCUGCGGGAGCCCUCUCCGAGGAACCUAGUGCUGAUCGCUUGUGCCGGUGCGGCAGUUAACCGCCCUUGCAGGAUCCCGAGGCUCGCGAGCAGCCCCCUCCCCUUCCUGGGCUUCCCCCACCCACUUCCCGGUCGGCUCCGGGGCAUGAGCAGCGAUGGCCGGCUGCAGCCCCGAGGAGAAAACUUACCGGCGCUUCCUGGAGCUAUUCUUGGGCGAGUUUCGCGGACCGUGCGGCGGCGGCGAGCCCGAGCCGGAACCCGAACCCGAGUCGGAGCCCGAGCCCGAGCCCGAACUGGUAGCGGCUGAGGCGCCCGAGGCUUCGGUUGAGGAACCCGGGGAGGAGGCGGCCACUGUAGCCGCGACGGAGGAGGGGGAGCAAGAGCAGGAGCAAGACCCCGAGCCCGAGGAGGAGGUGGUGGCGGCGGAGGGCGAGGAGGAAGAGGCGGCGGCAGCCCGGGGGCAGUCGGCCGUGCCACCGCCGCCGCAGCCCCAGCUGCCGCCGCUGCCCCCGCUCCCGCGGCCGCUGUCGGAGCGCAUCACCCGCGAGGAGGUGGAGGGCGAGAGCCUGGACCUGUGCCUGCAGCAGCUCUACAAAUAUAACUGCCCUUCCUUUUUGGCUGCUGCUUUAGCCAGAGCCACAUCAGAUGAAGUCCUUCAGAGUGAUCUUUCUGCACAUUAUAUUCCAAAGGAAACCGAUGGCACAGAGGGGACUGUGGAGAUUGAGACAGUGAAAUUGGCCCGUUCUGUCUUCAGUAAACUACACGAGAUUUGCUGCAGCUGGGUGAAAGACUUCCCUCUCCGCAGGAGACCCCAGCUUUAUUAUGAGACAUCAAUCCAUGCCAUCAAAAACAUGCGCAGGAAAAUGGAGGACAAACAUGUCUGCAUUCCUGACUUCAAUAUGCUCUUCAACCUAGAGGACCAGGAAGAACAAGCUUACUUUGCAGUGUUUGAUGGCCAUGGGGGAGUGGACGCUGCCAUUUAUGCCUCCAUUCACCUGCAUGUUAACUUAGUACGCCAGGAGAUGUUCCCCCAUGAUCCUGCUGAGGCCCUGUGCCGGGCCUUCCGGGUCACUGACGAGCGGUUUGUACAGAAGGCAGCCAGGGAGAGCUUAAGAUGCGGGACCACAGGAGUGGUGACUUUUAUCAGAGGCAACAUGCUACAUGUGGCCUGGGUAGGUGAUUCCCAGGUUAUGCUUGUGAGAAAGGGCCAAGCUGUUGAACUAAUGAAGCCACACAAACCGGACAGAGAGGACGAAAAGCAGCGAAUUGAGGCCCUUGGAGGUUGUGUAGUCUGGUUUGGUGCCUGGAGGGUGAAUGGAAGUCUGUCGGUCUCCAGAGCUAUUGGAGAUGCUGAACAUAAGCCAUAUAUCUGUGGGGAUGCAGAUUCUGCCUCUACUGUUCUGGAUGGAACUGAAGACUACCUCAUUCUGGCCUGUGAUGGCUUCUAUGACACCGUGAACCCUGAUGAGGCAGUGAAAGUUGUGUCUGAUCACCUGAAGGAGAAUAAUGGAGACAGCAGCAUGGUUGCCCACAAAUUAGUGGCAUCAGCUCGUGAUGCUGGGUCAAGUGAUAACAUCACUGUUAUUGUGGUAUUCCUGAGGGACAUGAACAAAGCUGUAAAUGUUAGUGAGGAAUCAGAUUGGACAGAGAACUCUUUUCAAGGAGGGCAAGAAGAUGGUGGGGAUGAUAAGGAGAAUCAUGGAGAGUGCAAACGCCCUUGGCCUCAGCACCAGUGCUCAGCACCGGCCGAUCUAGGCUAUGAUGGGCGUGUGGAUUCGUUCACUGAUAGAACUAGCCUGAGCCCAGGGUCCCAAGUCAACGUGCUGGAAGACCCAGGCUACCUAGAUCUCACACAAAUAGAAGCAAGCAAACCUCACAGUGCCCAGUUUUUGCCGCCAGUUGAGAGGUUUGGUCCUGGUGCACCAAAGAAGGCAAAUUUUAUUAAUGAGCUAAUAAUGGAGAAAAAAUCAGUUCAAUCAUCAUUGCCUGAACGGAGUGGUGCUGGAGAGUUUCCCUCUUCUUUUAAUUUGGGUUCAACAGGGCAGCAGAUAUGCAGAAUGGAGAGCUUCUCUCCUGUUUGUUCUAGGUUGGAAAAUGAACAGUUCAAAUUCCUGGGAAAGAGAGUUUCUAGAUUGUAUCGUUUACACUACCACUUCUCAAAGAGGCGGCACGGAUUCAGAUUUAAUCCAAAGUUUUAUUCUUUUCUCUCUGUUCGAGAGCCUUCCCACAAAACAGGCACUAGCCUGUCCUCACUUAUUCGAAGUGGGAAGAGAAAUAGGAUGUUAAGAAGUUCUCUGCCAUGGAGACAAAACAGUUGGAAAGGGUACAGUGAAAACAUGAUGGGGAAGCUUAAAAAGAGUAAUGCUAUUCCAUACCCAGCUCUUCCCUGGAGUUUUAAAAUAUAAUAAAUAACCUUCUCUUUAAAGUAGGCUAGCUAGCUCUCCCCCAGUAAAGACAUCACUAUCAGAGUAGAAACAAGGUAGACAUUUCUGAAAUAUUGUGUGCUUCAUUAUGAGCCAUGGAUGGCUCAACUCUUAAAUGUAAAUAGAUCUCUAGGAAACUCACUACAGUGUUUGCAGUCUAAUAAAAAAGUACCGGCGGUUUCACUUGCGAAAUUAUACACCUGGUCCCAGUGACGUGUCUCUGUACCUACUACGUACCACCCCCACCCCAUGACCCUUUCACGUCACUAGUGGAAGCUUGCAAGUUGGUUAUUUCAGUCAGGAGAUACAGUGUUGAAAUCUCACAGCAGGUGAAAUCUGUUCUGAUGUGCCUAAUAGAUCUCUGGAAAACUUAAUGCAGAAUUAGAUCUGGUUGGGGAAUGUUCCUCAAAAGAAAGACUGGGGACUACAAGGGAAAGCCCCUCCCCUUUUUUGGUAGGUAAAAGGCUAAAAGCCACAUGGGUUUUAACUGGUAACAAUGAAAGUAGAAAACUAGUGUAAAAAUGUCAUAUUCUCAGACUUGUGAGGUGGUAUAUAGUCGAACAGAUUCACUAAUUUUUUCCUGUAACAUAGAAGACCAACAAUGAAAAUUUUUUGAAUUAAAAAGUAUUUCCUAGGGCUGUAGCUAUUUGGGAGUUUCAUAACCUGUUAUGGUGCUUUUGACGGAAUUAUUAUUAUUUUUUAGGAGACUGCUGUCAAUUGGUUUUAACCUAUGAUGCUAAUGUGUUUUUCACUGUACCUUCAUCUCAGAAGUAAAACUUCUUUAAUGGAGAUGAUUUCAGGUACAGAUAUACUAGAAUCAAGUUGCCAUUUUAAAAGAAAAUCAAAUAGUAUUUCUAUUUUUUUCUGCCUUUUUUUUUAAAAAAAAAAGUUCAGACAGCAAAGGCAUGUACUACGAUCAAAUAAAAAGUGGUGUUGGAGAAUGAAAAAUAUUAGUUUUAACUUCUAUAAAAUUGUUUCCCCCAAGGGAAUGAAAUAAUUGGUGUGGAAGAGGCUGAAAGUACUGCCUAAAGUGAGCCCAGAGGCCAAGUGCAAAGGAGAAUGCAGAUUACUGCAGCUGAGGUCUGUUUAGUUGUAAAUUUGAGUCCUGCAGCGUCAGACCAAAUAGUACAUGUUUCUCUUUUCAGUAUUUAUUUACAUUUGAUACUCUGAAAUUGUCUGCUUUUUGUCAUUUCUACAGUUUCAAGUCAGAACCAUAUCUGCAACUAGAGGCGGCAAAUAAACUAAUAAUCAGAUUCAUUCAGUGAGGCAGGCUGAUUCUUUGAGAAUCAUGAGCGUCUCCACGUGACAUUUUACCCUCCCCCAGUCGAGCAUGGAGCAGCCACGCCAAUGCACAGGAGCUGCCUGCUGCAGGGCUCACUCCCUCAUACUGUUGGGAGGUGCUAAAUGCUCUUGCUGGGAAACGUGCACUGAGCAAUCCUGUUUUAACCUAAUACUAACACACUAAUUACUUUAUGUUCCCCAGACUCAUAAUGGAGGACUAAGAUUCCUGGAUCUUAAAAACAGAGGACUGCAGCGUAUUUUGGGGUGCCAGUGUAGCUAUAUCAAACAAAUAAAAACAGAUUCACUUUAGCAACAGAUUGAUAAUCUACAGAUCUUACUUUUUAAAGUUUGGAUGUAAGUAGAGAUUUUCAGUAUUCGCUUUCCCUUAUUUUGAAGUCAUUUCUUCUCAAGUCUUGUGACACAUGGCUGAGAAGGAGGGAGCACCCAUGGCUCCAACCGUAGUACCAGAAUCUUUUCACCAUCCUGAUGCUUUACCCCCAUACAUGGACCUCACUCAUAUCUGUCAUUUUUGGACGCCUAGAUCUUGUUAACAACCCAUCAGGUGCAGGGUCAGUUUCAAAUCAAAUUAUCAUCUAAGGAAGCAAGAAAACAGAGGCAGCAGAACACUGGUAUAUAUUAUAGCCCAAAGCACUAAGCUAAGGUAAAAAUUUUUUAAAGAUUUUUCUAUAGUUGUCUAUUGCUAAUGAUUUUGAUCAGAAUAAAGAAGGUGAAAGGAAAUAAGGUACAAAUGACAGGUUUUUUUCAGUGGGGAAAAAUGGUUGGAUGAAAUUGGGACUAAGAGACCACAUCUUUAAGGGUCUGAAUUUUGUAGGUGUAACUACAUAAGCAGCGUUAACUCCAUUUCUGAUACCAGUAGCCCUCUAGAAAAUAAAGCAAAGUAGUUCUAGUGUGGUCAUGUUAUAAGCCAAUAUUGUGAAAAAUAGCAACUACUAUUCAUUUGUUCACGACAUGCAUAUUUAUAGAAUAGUUAGGUACCACUUGUAAGGUAAGUCCUUUAAAAUUCUAUAAUACAUAUUAAAGUAGUGGUUAUUGGUCUGAUAUAUACUGCUCUUGGUUCUAUAAACUAGAUAAAAAGCAGUGCUUUGUGAAAUGCAGUGUUAUAUCUUAAUGCCACUGGUGAUAGAAAGUAGUUCCCUUCAGUUCAAAUCCUGUGCCCUCAUCUGCUGCUUGCUGACGUAAGCAAUAAGUCCCCCCUCUUACUAAUGGUGUCUACACAUUUCUGUAACUUGUAUUUAAUGAUGGUGUAUCUGGUGAUUGUAAAAAUAUUAGACAGAUAUAAAAGUAUAUAAUAUAUAUUAACCGUUAAUGCUGAGGUACAGUCUGAAUUACGUGUCUUGUACUUUUAUUCAUUGUGUAAUUUAGUGAUGGUGGAAGUUCUACAUUCAGUCCUUAAGAUGGCAGUAUCCCUUUUACAGUUUAACAUGAUCUGCAUCAACUUGUCUGCUUGCUCAAGUUUUGUUAGAAUAGGAAAUAAUAAAUAUAAAAAAGAAAGUGUAGUGCUGGUUAGGGAAACAGACUUCAAGUCACUAACUGAAGUCAAUACAAACUCCUUGUACAUUCACUGUGAGUUUCAAAGGGAAUCAGUCCCUAAUUUAAAGGUUUCCUUUGUUCACUUUCUGGAUGUGUACUUUUGAGGGAUAUCUGAGGUUAAGCAACAUUACAGCACCAAACACUGGGGCUAUUAAUCCCAUUUAGGUCUGUACUGAAAAGGAUGGUGGAAAUACAUGUAUAUAACUUUUCUUUACCUAAAAGUGCCAUCCAUUGUCCUUGAAUUAAUACAAAGUUACUGUUGCAUUUAAUUUAACUAGGAGGAUCCUCGAAAGUUAACACCUUUUCCAAGGACAAUGUCAACAAUGUCAGUGUCAACACUGAGUCUGAUUCUGACCACAUUUAUAGUGGUACUACAAUGUCAGCGUGGUGGUAUAGUGUCACACUGCAUCUUCAUGA